CAACUUGGAAACCACGGUACAUAAAAACAUAUAUAUCUCUGCAUUGAGAUAGACUUGGAGCCCCAAAAAAGACAGAGUAAUCGUCAUGGGAAACUGCUGUGGAACUCCGGUAAACAACCACAGUAGUACUCCAAGCACCACCAAAUUCUCAACCCCAGCUGAAACAUCAAAAAAUAUUGGCAAACAAAGUGGUACGACACCAAGCAACAGCAAUGCGACGCAAAGCAGCAACGUCGUCGUGGAAAGAACCUUGGGUGAAACCGCUCAUGCCGCCGGAAGGGUCAUAACGCCCAAUCUGAAAGUGUACACUCUGGACGAGCUGAAGAGUGCAACACGAAAUUUCAGACCGGAUACGGUGCUAGGCGAGGGAGGGUUUGGAAGGGUUUUCAAGGGUUGGGUCGACGAAAACACGUACGCGCCGUCCAAGGUCGGCGUCGGACUAGCCGUUGCCGUAAAGAAAUCGAAGCCCGACAGUGGCCCCCAGGGCCAAGGGUUGCAAGAAUGGCUGGCUGAGGUGAAAUUCUUGGGGAAGUUCUCUCAUCCCAAUCUAGUUAAGCUCCUGGGUUAUUGUUGGGAAGAUAAACAAUACCUUCUUGUCUAUGAAUACAUGCAGAAGGGAAGCUUGGAAAACCAUCUUUUCAAAAGAGCUCCAGAACCACUUACAUGGGAGACGAGGCUAAAAAUAGCAAUAGGAGCAGCUCAAGGGCUUUUUUUCCUGCACACAACAGAGAAGUCAGUAAUCUACCGAGAUUUCAAGACUUCGAAUAUAUUGCUGGAUGGGGACUAUAAUGCAAAGCUUUCAGAUUUUGGGCUGGCGAAGUUGGGCCCAGCUAGUGGCUACUCGCACGUGACAACGCGUGUCAUGGGCACUUACGGCUAUGCAGCUCCCGAAUACAUUGCAACCGGUCAUUUGUACGUGAAGAGUGAUGUGUACGGAUUUGGAGUGGUGUUGCUGGAAAUGCUUACAGGCGAGCGGGCUCUCGACCCACAUAGAGCCAAUGGUUUGUCGAGCUUGGUGGAAUGGACUAGACCGUCUCUCUCCGAGAAGAGGAAACUCAAGAAAAUAAUGGACACAAAGCUAUGCGAAUAUUACCCACUUGAAGCUGCAUUCCAAGCAGCGCAACUAAUACUAAAAUGUCUGGCAUCAGACCCCAAACAUCGUCCAUCCAUGGAAGAAGUAUUGGAGGAAUUGAUAAAGAUCAGCGCCAUUGAGAUGACAGCAAAAGAGAAGAAAACUUCCAUCGCAAAGCAUGGUGCCAACAGACACCAAGAUCAGGAACAGACCAACAACCAUCGGGUCUCUCCUAAUCACCAAAAGCAUGCAGGCGUUUACGGUGGCGGAGGUACUAGAUCAGCUUAUCAUCUCUAGUUAGUGCAUGCAUCGCUUACAAAUUAGAAAUGAUAUUUGCAAUCAUAGAAUGCACAAACGUCGCACAUUCUUUUUGAAAAAAACGAGUAAAUAUGAUAUUGUUUUUAAUAAUGGACCCAUUCCUUUUCAAAAGGCGUGUGUGACAUUUACACAAUUCAUAAGUGUAUUUAGCAUUUGUACUUCCCUCCUCUUUUUUUUUUCAAGGGGAGACUUAGUAAUAUAGCAUGCAGCUUUGAGUUUUUAUUUUUGUGUAAAGAUAAUAAAAAUUACAAGAGAUUACCGAAAAUGCAGU